AUGGCAUUCGAUGAGAACGCCUCUCUCGGCACGGAGACCGGUGAAAGCAUAUCUCAAAAGCCUCCAGUGACAAAAGCCAACCUAUGCGGCCUCGAGGGUGUCGAACGGCUCGUCGUACCCUCAGACAAAAGUACUCGAUCUUUCAUACCUUUUGGAGUUGACGGCACAUUGGUGAUAAUAAGUCCAUAUGGAGAGGUUUUAAGGAUGUCAAAAUAUAUUGCUGAUGACAAUCCUCGCGUGAUCUGUCUCAGCAGCCCAGGAAUAAGUAUGGACAGACGUUAUCUGAAUGGACUUGGUGCUAGGAUGCAAAGGCGAGCGCAAAUACGAAAGAGUGGACUCAGCAUUCGCCUAAUGGCCGAUUCAAAAGUCGAAGACCCAAUCAAGACACCACUCGAAUGGAUCAACGGUCGCUGGCCAUGCAUUCACUAUGAGAUCGACGGUGUUCUCGUCUCGGUCCUCUUCACAGUGAAUGAAGGGGUCCUGUCACAGCAAUUUUCCAUCGAGAACUGUCGGUAA